GCUUUACGGCAAGCCUCUCUCCUUCCGCGCCCUUGAACAAGUCAAUUUGGAAAGGGGCGGGGGGAGGGGGGAAGGAAGAGGAACCGGCGCCAAUCAACUACGGGGUUGCUAUGGAAACGCGGGCGCUAUCGUAAGGCAGAGCCCGGGCCGGUCGUGAAGAGAAGGCUCGUUGCCCGCCGCGGAGAGGGUUGUCAUUCGAAGCCGCAUCGGCGGUUCCCCUGAGAGCUCGGUUGCCUUCUCCUGCCACUCGCCAUGGCGGCGGCACUGGCCCGUAAAGCGGCAGACUAUGUGCGCAGCAAGGACUUCAGGGAUUAUCUCAUGAGUACGCACUUUUGGGGACCUGUUGCCAACUGGGGACUUCCCAUUGCUGCAAUCAGUGAUAUGAAGAAAUCACCAGAAAUCAUCAGUGGCCGAAUGACAUUUGCACUUAGUUGCUAUUCCUUGACUUUUAUGAGGUUUGCAUAUAAGGUGCAACCCAGGAACUGGUUGUUGUUUGCUUGUCACUUCACUAAUGAAAUUGCACAACUUAUUCAAGGAGGAAGGUUGAUCAAACAUAAUCUGAAAAAAAAGAAUUGAGUAUUUGAUUAAUGGAUGGAAAUGGAAAAGCUGCUACUCUUCACAGAAUACAAGCAAGGAAGGACUUUGCCAUCAUAGUUGCUGUUUUUUUUUUUUUUAAUCACCUCCAUCAUGAAAAUAUUCUUGCUAGCAUUCAGUAUCAUCCAUUAACUUUUUAAGCUUCCCUUGUACAAAGUAUUGCAUAGCUAUUCAAAAAUUAGAUCACUUUCUGCCUUAAAAGUAUAUUUUAAUGUUUACAAAAUUAUUCAUCUCAAAUAGGUACCAACUUUUCAGAAAGUUAAGAACUGCCAAUUUUUAAAAAGCAAGCAAAGGCAUAAUCAAUUAAUAAAAUUUGAUUUUGAAACUGAAUGUAGGUUAUUUGGCAGUCAGAUGCACAAAUGUAUUGAAAUUGUGAUUCUGCCCCUUUAAGUGCAUUGGAGUACAGUAAAAUUGUAUUUGCAUUCAAGAGCACCAUUCUUUAAAAAUUACAAAAUCAAGAAUGGUUAUCGAAUCUCCACAUAAGCAAUUCAGUACUGAUUGAAAAUGGGUACUUCAAUUAACUGCGGUGAGACUAAUAAUUUAAACGUGAUAUGUCUGCUAAUCUGCAUAUUGGAAACUUAGAGCUAAAAAUUGUUUUCACCAAGAAAUUAAAAAGACAGUGAAGGGCCAAUUGAUUUAUGAGCUGAUUUCAACAAAGUAGGUAUCCUGGUUCAGACUUAUUUUAUAUUUACAGUUAGAAUAUAAAAUUGGCACAGAGCUUAAUUUUGUAAACCCCAAUAUUUUUGUCAGAAACAUAGGUUAACAACUGCAUUGUUUAGUAAAAUAUGCCAUCUUAUCUUUGUAUGUAGACAUUCUGUAAAUGAUACAUUCAAUGCCAGGAUGUUUUCUAAUCACAUGUACCUGUGAGCAAAGUAGGUACAGUCCUAUAUCCCAUUUGGAUAUAAGUAGUGUCUCCCUUAAGAAUCCACCUGAACUCUUAUUUGUAACAAAUAAACUAAAUAGCAUGAUUCUAUUUUUGCAUUCAUUGCAGAUUCCAUAUUAUUAAUGCAAAAAAAAUUGCAUAUAGGAAUUAAUAUCUUUGAAAGAUUAUUUGUGUUUAACUUGACCUUUUUGUUGUGAUUUUUAUCAAUAAUUGUAAUGUACUAUAUAUAGAUUGUCUUUAACAAUGUUAUUUUACUUUGACAACUUUGGGGCAGUAAACCUUCCCUAUGGGGAGAAGCUACAAUAUGAAUGUUCUAAUGGCAAUAAACUACUUUUGAGACAAUUUA